CACAAAAUUUUAUCAUUUUCCGGUUAACAACAUAACCCCGAAAUUUCGCAUGAAAUUAAAUUUAAUAAUAAAUAUUAAACGAUGUCAGACAGUGAAGAUUACGAAAACAAACCCCAAGAAGAGUUCACAGCAGAAGAACUAAUUUUACCACCUUGUAAAUAUGAAUAUUUGGACCACACAGCUGAUGUACAAAUACAUGCGUGGGGUGACUCGUUGAUCGAGGCUUUUGAGCAAUGUGGUGUUGCUAUGUACGGAUACAUGACAGAGAUAGACAAAGUGGAAAUUCUGCGUUCGACAGAGAUAGAAGUCAAAGGUUCAGACCUAACAAACCUUUUAUUCAUGUUUUUGGACGAACUGUUGUAUGUAUUCAGUGCAGAGGAAUUUUUGGUUUGCAAAAAGUUGGUCAUAACGGAGUUUAAUGUAAAUCCGCCGGAAGGUGAGGAUUUGAGCAUCAAAUGUAAGUGUUAUGGGGAGGAGUUUACGUUGGGAAAACAUCCGCAGGGAACUGAGGUUAAGGCUAUCACUUAUGCUUCCAUGCAAAUAAUCAAUGAACCCGAGAAAAAUAAGUUUGAGGUGUUUGUUAUUAUUGAUAUUUAAAUUUUAUUAUUGUUAACCCAGUUAUUGUGUAUGAUAAUAUUUUAUAGAAAUAUGUUUAUUUAUAAGGUCAUAAAUACUUCAUUUCUAAACGAUUUUAUUUUUCCUAUGAGAAAAUCAAGUUAUGUUAAUACAUAAUUAGCGUUAUUAAGUAGUCGCAGUUUUG